AUGGUCGCCCCCAAGGGGCCCUCGAAUGACGAGGGGGCCCCAGGGGCCCCCCAGUUUGUCCCUUUGGAGCCCGUGAGACCACCUGGGAGACCUGAGGGUUUUAUUGAGAUACCUCCUGCUUACCAGGGGCAAAAGCUGGGAUGUACGUAUACCGCAGCAAGUGACCUCAAGGGGCCCUUGGAAUGGAAGGGUCCUGCAGAUGGCCCCGAGGGGGGCCCCAAGUUCGUAGAUACCUCCUUUAGGGGGCCUCCCGCUCUUUCGCAGGAGCUACUGGGGCCCUUUGUGGGUUGGACUAGGGCGGUGCACUUGGGUGCCCCCAACCCUCCUUAUGAGUUGAUGGAGUUUGAACCCGCUGCCCCACCUGUUCUAUCCAGUGAGGCAACAGCAGCAGCAGCAGCAGCAGCGGCAGCAGCAGAUGCAACAGCAUCUUCUUCCGCUCCCUCUAAGCGCAGCAACAAAGCUCCCAAGGGGCCUCCAAACAGUGCUAGAGGGAAGGAUGCCGCUCAAUUGGGGCCCCCAGAGGAGCCUUCUUAUUCCUUGCAGAGCCGCAAGAGGCCCCCUAAUCUUAUUCCACCAGAUGGGCCCCCCCAAGGGGCCUCCUCCCUCAAGAGCGUAGGUGCAUCUAAAGGCCCCCCAGAGCCUUCGGUACCCCCAUCGGGGGGCCCUCUUGGGGCCCCCCCACCCGUCGGGGGGGGCCUCCAACAAGAGUUGUUCGCAAAGUAUGGAGAGAAAAUCCUUCCCUACACUUGCUUAGACGUGGGGCCCCCCACGUCUGCUGCAGGGUCAAAUGGGGGCGCAUGUUGUAACCCUUCUGGAGCAGGGGCCCCUGCGGGGGCCCCUGUGGUCUCCCCUGGGGGCUCCAAUGGGGGGGCCCCUGGGGGCUCCUCUGGGAGUCCCCCUCUGGCCUCCCCUAGGACGGGGGCCCCUUUGUUAUCCCCUACUGGGGCCCCUGUUAGUUCCCCCGGCGGAUCACUCGCCAGCCCGGGGGGUCCCGCUGAGUCCCCCGUGGCUCCUGAUUCAUCUACGGGGGCCCCGAGCGUAGGUCAGGGGGCAUGGAGGGCAGUACAGAUUGAUGAUAUAGUACCUGAUGGGGGCCCCACGGGGGCCCCCGUUUUUCCCGUCUCUAAAGACCCCAGGGAGAUGUGGGGGCCCCUACUUGCUAAAGGGAUCCUUAAGGCAUUCAGGGGGCCUCUAGCAGCCGGAGGAGGGCCCCCACCUGUUAUUGAGGCCCUCACAGGCAGAAAGGAGGUACUGCUGCCCCUGUCUCCUUCUCUUGUCUCCUGCUACUGUCUUAAAGGCCUAUGGGCAUCUGUUAAGCUCAAGGCAAACUCUGCUGCUGCUGCUGAUGCUGCUGAUGCUGCUGCUGGAGGGGAGAGAGAGCAGGAAGGGGUACAACGGGGGGGACCCUUAAGGUCUGUAGGCGGCCCCUUUGAACAGAUGUUAGGAUGGAGGCCCUUUCUCCUUGCUGCAGCACAAGAAGGAGACACCCCUUCAGUAUCUCUCCUUAACAGGCAGUCAGGUGGGGGGCCUCUGCAGCAGCUAGCCGGGGCCCCUGGAGAGCUGUUUGCUGCGUUUGGGGAAGCGGAGAAGGUCGGGCCCCCCAGGCCUCCCCCUCACCUGGGGACCCUGGAGGGGCCCCAGCUUCCAUGUGAGCAGUUCCUAACAGACUUCAGUGGGGCCCUCCCCCUUAAUAGUCCUCAGCAUCCGCUUAAUAAGGAGGAGGAGCAGCAACGGGCGGCAGCAGCAGCAGCAGCUGCUGCUGCUGCUCCCCCUCAGAUCACAAGAGAAAAAGAAGGGGGCCCCAUCAUCGUACAGAGGCCCUUUGCAGUGCUGCUGCAGCAUCUCCUUGGAGGGGGGGCCCCUUUACCAGCAGAAAUGGACAGGGAGGAACCUGAGGGCCCCACCACUCCUGGCAGCGGGGAGGAUGCCCCUGUAGGAGAAAUAUUGACCUCGGAGGUGCACCCGGGAGCCCCUGGUGGUGGUGUUGCUGCUGCUACAGCAACAGCAGCAGCAGCGUCUGCUGCAGCAGCACCAGCGGCAGAACAAGAAGUAGGGUCUCCUAGAGGCAAAGACAGCAGCAACUCUGGUGGCAAUGCAGACACACCAAGGUCUGGCGGUGCUGCUGCUGCCGCAGUCGCACGCCGCGGCAGCGGAUCACACAUCGCUCAGCAGAACAAAGCAGCAGUCAUUCAGGAGGCACUGAAGACGUGGGGAGUGCCCUGGGCAACAGGGGGCCCCCCUCCUGUACCCCCUGAGGGCCUCCGCUUGGAGGGGGGCCCGUGGGUGCAUUGGCAAAAGAUGGUAGAUGCCCUGGCAGCCCUCGAUGAGGCCCCCCUUCAAGAGCUUUAUGAUUACCAGCAGGGGCCCCUCGCCCUUCAGUACCCUCUGAGGGCCUCUGUCUGUCUCCUUAAUAUCCCCAAAAGGAGACUGUUCCCCCCAGCAGCACCAGCAGCAGCAGCAACAACAACAACAGCAGCAGCAGCAGCACCAAGUCCUACUAGCAACCAUGUUGCAGCAGGAGAGGCAGGAGAGACAGCAGCAACAAACAAGAAACGCCUAUUAAAUUUCUUUCGUCCACACACACUUAUUUUGUCCCUUCAAGGGACACCUUCGCUGCUUAACAACCCUCAGCAAGGGGCCCCCAUAAAGGAGACUGGGGGGCCCCCCGCUGACAACGAGGGAUCCCUUCAGCAGCUGCAGCAACAGCAACUGCAGCAACAGAAGAAGCAAGAGAUGCAGCAGCAACAGCAGCAGCAGAAGCAGAGGGAAGACACUGCCUGCCACCUCCUUAAUCUCGAUACCGUUAUCCCGCAAUGGGCAGCAAAAACACCUCAAGUCUCUGCCUGGCUUGUUGCUGCUGCUGCUGCUGCUACUUCUGUUUCUGCUGAGCAUGGUGCAGCAACGGAUGCUGCGGGGGGCAUCAUCCCAGGGACUGCUGCUGCUGCUGCUGCUGCAGAGUUUGCUGCGGCAGCACAGAUGCUAAUGGGCCCCGAAAGGGUUAAUACACUGGCGACUGGAUGGGGGGCCCCCCAUGGCAGCAGGGCUCUUGCUGCUACGUCAGCAGGUUUGCUGCUGCAGCAGAUGAAGGGAGCCCUUUUAGCAGAAGAUGUGGGCCUCCCUCGCUUGGGGGCAGACAGGGGGCCCCCCCAGAUGCUAAGACUGGCUAGGGGCCUCAGUAGCUUGCUGCUGCACGGCGAGAAGGGGGCCCCUGUCUCCUGUCUCUUAGAGCUGGGGGCAGGUACCUUUGCUUUCCUUGUUAUCUUGAGGGCCCCCGCAGCAGCGGCACCCUUUACUGUCUCUUGGAGGAGGCCUUUGCUACAGUUGCAGCAGCUGCAGCAGCAAGCAGAGGCGGCUCAACAACAGCAGCAGCAGCAACAAAGCAAACGGAAAGGGCCCUCAAGCGAGUCCUCGGGGGCCGCUGCAUCCUUGCCUAAAGACGCUGCGGGGGCCCCCCAGGCAAUACUGCCACAGGGGCCCCUUGAAGUACCCUGCACGCACCUGAGCCUGGAGAGCUUCCUUGCGGGCCCUCCCCUGUCCUUCUGUGUGCAGCAGUACCCUAUUGUGGGGCCCGAGAGGGGGCCCCCCGGCUGUCACUCUAUUUGGUAUAAAGCAGAAGUGGAGGCCCUAUGGAGCUGCUUCUGGGGCCCCCCCUAUCUGCUGCUGAUGCUGCAGGUACCCCAUGCAGGCUUGGGGCCCCUCCUCCGGCUCUCCUUGACGCCACUCGGGCCUCCUGUGAGUGUGUCAGCUGCGGGGGGCCCCCAGGCCUUAAAGGGGGCCACCUCACAGGACCCAAAGCAGCAGCGCUCUGUAGCAGUUAACCUCGGGGCCUCAGACCUUCGCUCUCUCCCUUUGCUGCCAUUCCUAAAAGUACCCUUAAUGGACCCCUGCCUCCAGCAGCAGCAGCAGAUACAGCAACAACAGCAGCAACAGCCGCAGUACUACAUCGGUAGGUACUUGCUGCUGCUAGAAGCAGCACUUCCUACCCCCUCUAGGGCCGUCCACUGUUCCUUGAGUGUGGCUAUGCCUCCUCAGGGGCCCCCAGGGGCCCCGGAGGGCCCACUGGGGCCCCCUGGUGCUGAGGGGCUCCCAGGCCUUGACGCGUCUACCAAGGAUGCUGCUGGAGGACCCCCCCUCUCCCCCACAUCUCUCUCUCCUCAGCGGCCCCUCUGUAUGCAACCCCUGCCACUCACCUUCAAGGCCCUCUGGCAGGGGACCCCACUUGGGGGCCCCCAGGGCCCCCCCGAGCUGUUGGACCUCGUUGGGGGCCCAUACGGAGAGGCAAUCCUCCUAUGCAACCACAGACUGGUUGUGAGGGGUCCCCAAGCAGCUCGCCUGUCCCUUAGCCUGACGGCAGAAGGGGCUCCACCAGGGGCCCUGUUGUGUGCGAAGUUGCUGCAGCUGGUAAAGAGGGGGGCCCCCGAUGCCGCAAGAGACAAGCGCUUAGGAGAAGACAACAGCCACGCUACCUUAGAUCCGCAGCACGACGGGAGCCCAACAGCAGCAGCAGGAGCAGCAGGAACAAGUUCUAAGACCACCUCUAAGGCUUCUAAAGGAGCUGCUGCAGAGGCAGAUGAUGGCCUCACAGGGAAAGAAGACAUGCUGCAGAGGCCUGAGGAGGUGCUGCUGCUGCAGCAGGAGGCCCCCUCUUGCUGCAUAUUCGCUGAUGUCCAUUUGCUGCCUGGGGCCCUCUACGUGCUGCGUGCCCACUAUUAUGAAGAAGCACCACCUGAACCUCCCUCCCCCCGCUCCACCACAGAAAGCUACUACUGCAGAAGCAGCAGCAGCAACAGCAACCGCAGCACCAGCAGCAACAGCGGCAACGACAGCAACAGCAGCAGCAGCAGCAGCAGCAGCAGCACGUUGAACUGGGUGUUAGAGGCAACGGGAAGCGGUGAGGUGGCUGUGGGCCCUGAUAUAACAAAAGACGAGAUAGCAGCAGCAUGGAAGGAGCCUACAUACCCUGGUAGGAGCCAACAGGCGGUCCUCAGCAGGCGGCUGUACCUCCAGGGGCCCCCGGGGGCCCUUCUACGGGGCCCUCUCUUAGGAGGAAGCGUCAGCAGCAGUGCAGAUACCCCGGGGGUGCCCAACCCACUCUCGCUGCAGCAUUUGCUGCAACUCGUCUAUUGGAAGCUUAACUUAACUAUUGUGCAGUUUGUACAAGCACUUAAGGCAGAAGCGCAGCAGCAGCAGCAGCAGGAGGAGCAGCAAGACCAGCAGCAGCAGGAGCAGCAAGACCAGCAGGAGCAGCAGCAAGAAUCAUGGAGGCAGGAUGACAUAUUUGGGGUCCGCAGCUUCAGCGACUCUAAGAGGUUGCCUCCUUGGUGGGGGCCCCCCAGUAUAGAAUGCAGCCCCCGGUACCCUUUAUGGGGGGCCCCUGACAUAGAGAUAGAAGGAGGAGAGGGCCCCUUUGAAUUAACGCAGCAGAUAUUCUGCAGCAGCAAACUGCUAACUGAGGGGCCCCUCGGCCUUUUGAUUGGGGGCCCCGAUGCCCUAGAGAAGUUAUAUACAGAGUGUGUGGGGCCCGCUCUUGCUGCAGCAGGGGGAGGCCCCAUGACCCCGCAGCAAAUUGCUGCUGCUUUGGAGAAAGGUGCAGCAGGGGCCCCCCAGAAGAGUCGCGAGGAAGAGGUGGGGGGGCCCAGAGGUGGUGGGAACAACAAGAAGAACCAGGGGGGCCUCGACAAGAAACCACGGGGGCCCCCUGAGAAGGGUAGAGCCCCAGCAGCAUCAGGAGGCAGGGGCCCCCUUUCGAAAGGUGGUAAAGAUGAGGCGAGGAGAGACAGAGGACAGUCCAUUGUAUCCUCUGAGGGGGCCCCCACGGCCCCUGUUGCUGCUCCUCAACUCCUUAAGGGCCCCCUGCAACCUGAGCUCUAUACCCACCCUGAGCUUAAGAGGUUUGUUGCCUCUAUUGCAGGCGAAUCAGCAACACGUAUUGUGGGCCCCCCCAUCACUUGGGGUUCCCAGAUGGGGGCCCCCCUCUCCCUUUCUUGUGGGGCCCCCCAGGCAAAAGAGGGACCUUGCUGGGGGCCCCUUAUUGAAGAAGAGACAGCAACAGAUGAUCUUACAGAUGCGCUGGAAGAAACAACUGCCUGCAUUGGGAACAUGCGCGCCAUGCUGCAGCAGCAGGAGGAGCAACAGGAGCAGCAGCAGCAGCAGCAGCAUGAAGGUGUAGAAGAGGACGAAGGAGGGCCUCCCCCUCCGCAGGCGCCCGUCAGCCCUCUGCUGCGGGUAAGGGGCCCCCAAAAGGAGACACGGGAGGCCCUGCGUCUGUUGCAGCUGAAGAGACAAGAAGUAUUAAGUGCUGCAGCAGAGAUAAUGACAGAAGAAGCAGCAAAAGAUAUAAAAAUAGAUACCCUAGAGAAGGUACUGCAGCAAAUGCAGCAAGCUAAGCUAAGGGGCCCCCAUAAACAAACAGAAGAAAAACUACAAAAUACACUCGCGCUGUUAAAGGCAACACAAAGGACAUUUUGGAGAGGUCUGGCGGUAGCAGCAGCAGCAGCAGCAGCAGUCCUUCAGCAAAGAAGGAGGAUCGUCGUGGUCCUAAGAAGCGACAAGAAAGAGAAAAUGAUUAUCCUCCUCUAA